UUCUGUUUCAUUUUUUACUUCCCAUUUCAUAGCAGAAUCCAAAACCGUUGGUUCCCGCUUGCUCAUCUUCUUCUCAUUUCUUGUCAUUGUUCCUCAGAGAGAACAGCAAAUGGCAGUAAUAGGCAACAGAGUAAUCGUACAAAACGGAAUCCCAAUACCUAUCAGUUUACCAUUUUUAAAGCUUCGAUCCAAUUCUAAAACCAUCAAUUUCCAAUCAAACGUUCACUAUCACUAUAACCUUCCACUCACUCCCUUCUCUUGCGUCGCCAAGUCCACCGCCGUUUCAGGUGGUGUCUCCACCACCCCCACCACCACAUCAGGAUGGUCUGAAUUCGCUAGAAAUGUGUCUGGUGAAUGGGAUGGAUUUGGAGCAGACUUCACUCCUCAAGGAAGCCCAAUCGAACUUCCUGAAUCAGUGGUGCCUGAAGCUUUUAGGGAAUGGGAAGUCAAGGUUUAUGAUUGGCAGACUCAGUGCCCGACACUUGCUCAACCAGAGGACCUUCUUUUGACCCAGAAAACCAUCAAAUUACUUCCCACCGUUGGAUGUGAAGCCGAUGCUGCAACUCGGUAUACCAUUGAUGAGAGGAGCGUUGGAAGUGCAGAUAAUAAAGUUUAUGCCUUUGCUUAUCAAUCUAAUGGGUGUUAUGUGGCUGUUUGGCCAAUUGAGAAACAAUUGGAGGUGGAACAUUGCUUGAUAAAUCCUCAAGACAGGGAGUCCCGAGUGAGAAUAAUUCAAGUUAUUCAAGCAGACAAUGCAAAGAUGAUAUUAAAGAAUAUUAGGGUUUUUGUUGAGCAUUGGUAUGGACCAUUUAGAGAUGGUGACCAACUAGGUGGAUGUGCAAUCCUAAAUUCUGCAUUUGCUUCUACUGCUGCUUUGGAAGCUUCUCAAAUUGUAGGACAUUGGCAGGGAUCCAGAGGUGUUGCCAAUUUUUGUACUUCUCAAACUGGCUUCCUUCAAGAAUUAAAAGGUAACAGUGUGCAGAAGUUAGUAAGAGAUGAUCGUGAUCUGAUAUUGCUUCCCAAGCAAUUGUGGUGUUCACUAAAAGUAAGCAAAGAUGGUGAAACUUGCUGUGAGGUAGGAUGGCUAUUUGACCAUGGAUGUGCUGUAACAUCAAGAUGCAUCUUCUCAAGCAAUGCGAAGUUGAAGGAAAUUUCAAUAGCAGGAGAAACUGCAACUUCACAGGGUGUCUAGUUAGUAAUAACCAAUCAACUUAGCUUGAAUAAUUUACAGAUUUGGCAUAGAUGUGGAUUGUUGUUCAGGCCAAGUAUAGGGAAUUGUAAUGUAUAUGUGUUCAUCAUAUAUAUUUUUCAGUUAUAGAAGACAAUAUAAUGGAAUACAGUUAAUUUGAA